UUAUAUUCACGUGGGUUUGCUUUGAACUGACAUUCGGGCUUUGCUGUUGUUGUAGGCUUUGUUGUUGUAGGUUUUGUUGUUGUAGUUUUUGUUGAAACAUGUUUUGUUGUUAUAAGUUUUACAGAAUUAGUUGUAGGUUGAGUGACAGACAAAACUGGUACUGGUACAGUUUAACAUUUAUUUUGAAAAUUUCACAAGAUUCUCGUGGGGGACUGAUUUUUCUCUAUAUCUUUAUUUGUUUAGUGUAUAAUACUCAUCAGGGGGUCAGGGCUGCAUGGUAA